AUGGAUCCCACGCAAGUUCAGCGCCAAGGAACCGAUCAAGAAAGGAUUCAACAUCAAUUCCAAUUGUUUCAAGAAUCACUGCCUAAAGUCAGUCAUCAUGUUUAUGAAAUGCUACUGAAUGAGAUUAUCCCAAUGACGGUAUCUGUUGAGAACCAAUUAGAGAUGAUAGCGAGUGAGGAUACGUCAAAAGGGGAUUUGAAAGAGGUACCUAUUGAGAAACUGGCUCUAGAGGAUAAGGAAAUUAAAGAAGAAAAAUCAGAUAGGAUUAGUACCAAUUAUAAUACAAAUGGUCCAUUGUAUCAAUCCCAUAAAAUGUUAUGGGAACUUUCAGAAAUGGAAGAUGAGGAGAAAUGUAAUAAUAUCUCAGAGAGAUUAAGAAAUAUAGGCUUCCAGCUUGGUAAGAAACUGUCUGAACUUCUAGUAUUCACCAACAAUCCAAAUCUAAAAUUCAAAGGUAUGGACUUAUUAAUGGUAAUGAAAUUUAUAUGUCGAGACGUUUGGAAGCAAAUAUUUGGCAAACAAAUCGAUAAUUUGAAAACGAAUCAUAGAGGGACAUUCUAUCUUAUUGAUUAUGAGUAUAGACCGAUUCAAUCCUUCUCUCUUAGUGAAACGGCUUCGAAGAUGGAGCUGAAAUUAGCAGAACCAUUUUUCGAGUUGCCAUUAGGGAUAAUAAAAGGUGUGUUGGCGUCCUUAGGGUAUUUUCCCGAUGAUGUUAUCUGUCUUGCAUCAUUCAUAGAUAGACCUCCAGAUCGAGCUAAAAAUGCAUUUUCCAAAGGUGUUAGUUUCCAUAUUCAAGUAAAUUUAAAACCUCAAAAAAUAUAA